AUGACGAUGACGAUGACGAUGAUGAUGACAACGACGGAGACGACGACGGCUACGGAGCGUGCUGCUCUUCGGGAAAAAAAACAUAAGGGUUCCAAUUGGACCGAAGAAGAAACGCGAACUUUCAUCAAUCUUUGUAUCGAAAAAAGAAUAAUAAAAAUGAUGGAUGGAAAGCGCCACAAACAUAUCGACAUUUACAAUUCAUUGGAACCAGCAAUGAAAGAAAUGGGCUUCAUAAAAAGUGGUGCGCAAAUGAAAAUAAAAUUAAAACAUUUGAAAGAACAGUAUUUUAAAUGUAAGAGAAACAAUACAGGUGGUGCUAGUCGGCAAACGUUCGUCUUUUAUGAAGAAAUGGAAGAACUUCUUGGCGGAAGGCCAUCUGUCGAAGCCAUUGCAAGUACUGGUAUUGAUUUGACUGAAAGUAGCAAUCAAGAAAUAAUGCAAGAAGAAAGUGUUGAAGAGGAUGUUGAAGAAGUUGAAGCAAACGUAGAAAACAUAGAAAAUAAUGAUCCCGCUCCGAAUAAUUCAUCUUCAAAAAAAAGAAAAAUAAGUGGUCGUAAUACACACAUGAAUUUGGCGGACAAUUUCGCAGAAGUUUUUGCGAAGAAACAAGGUGAGGAGUUGCAGAAAAUAAUAACGAAUCAAAUGCACAUGUUUAAUGAUGCAAUACAUGAGCAAAUGAAAAAUCAACAAAAAUGGGAACAGGAAAUGAUGGAGAAAGAACACCAGCACCAGCUGUUGAUUGUGAAUACUUUCAUGAAGGGAUUAGGAGAAAUGCAAACAAACAACCCUCAGGUUCCUCAGUUGCGACCGAUAUCAAUUCCAUUACAAACAUUUCCUUCGUCACCUUCGCCUACUAACAAUGUAUAUCUAUACAAAUCACCAUCUCCUUUAUCAAGAACACCAACACCAUCCUCACCGUUUUCUAUUUCUCUAUCUCCUUCAUCAUCGACUUCUACAAAUUGUUCUUCGACACCGUUAGCAUCACCCUCAUAUACUGAUAAUAAUAAGAAAUAA